GCAGUACAUACCCACCUACAUAGUAAUCACUGUGAAGAUCUGCCGUGCAGCCUCGUCAGCUGAAUCCACUGGUUCCCUCCCUCCGUCUGCCUUCUGCCUGCUGCCUUGCGGCCCGCAGUGCGGCUCCCAGCGAGCCGUCCAAAUGUCGAACGUGCAAACGGGAAAUUGCACACGUACAUGACGGUACGCGAGCGCCUAGAAGAACUUUGAUCAGAUGAUGAUGAUGAUGAUGAUAAGACUGCGCCUCGGCUUCCAGACCGCACCCGAACACCAAUGUCGAAUGACCUGUGUUUGCGCGAGCCCCCAUCCCAUGUGCCUACCCAAUGUCUCAAGUAGCAAAUACGCGAGGCUGAGAGAUCAGAGAUGACGCCUCCAAACAAAGGUGGCAAAAUUGUCAAUCAAAAUGCCAAUCAACAUAAACCUGCUGCGUUGAUUCGAUUGGACGACCGCAUCGACCCUGGUCGAGGCCAAGAUAUGCUAUGCAGUCCAAUCAAGCACGCUAUCGAGCGGUCUAUUACUCCACAGUUAGCGCCAUUUUUCUGAGCUUCAAAAGGACCAGUGUUCGGCUGGGCUGGACAAUAAUGGAUCACAUGCAACCAGGACAUGCUCGCAGGUGUAAUGUAUCCUGCAUCGUGACCGUAGAUGGUAUCGAAUCAACCCGUCGUACCCUCACCGCCGUCUGAGCGACAGCCUCGCCAGUGCGACGACCAUCAACCACCAUGGUCUUCUCGCGCUGGUCGUUUCUCUUGACCGUGGUGCGAAAUCGCAUCAGCAGCCACCUACCGAAAGGCUGAAGUUCUGAGCAUGAGCAAAUCCUGAAAACGGCUCGUACAUCGGUACAUUCCUGGGUACAGC